UAAAAGACUCGGCGCGCCGUGAUUGGACGUUUAUAAUGCGCGGGUUAUUUCCCUUUGGUUGGAUCUCUAGGAGUUGCAGAUAUAUGUGUGUGAGCAUGGCUGAGAGUCGUGGAGCUUUGAUAGUGCUAGAGGGUGCUGACCGAUCCGGGAAGAGCACGCAGGCCCGGCGCCUGGUGGAGACUCUGACAAACCGGGGACACCGGGCUGAGGGGCUGCGUUUCCCAGAAAGGACAACCGAGAUUGGAAAACUAAUCAGCUCCUACUUAGAAAAGAAAAAUAAUAUCGAAGAUCACACCGUUCACCUGCUGUUUUCUGCCAACCGCUGGGAGCAAGUUCCAGUGAUGCUGGAGAAGUUGAGGAGCGGCGUCACCCUCAUAGUGGAUAGAUACGCGUUUUCUGGGGUAGCUUUCACAAGUUCCAAAGAUAACUUCUGUAUGAAGUGGUGUAAGCAGCCGGACGUGGGCUUACCAAAGCCAGAUCUAGUCCUCUUUCUAAAAGUAAGUCCAGAAGUAGCGGCUGCUCGUGGUGGAUUUGGGAAUGAACGAUACGAAACAAGUGGCUUCCAGAUGAAGGUGCAGAAACGUUACUCAGAGCUGAUGGAAGACGAAACGAUCAAUUGGAAGGUUGUAGAUGCGUCGCAGAGUAUGGAGGAUGUUCACAAAGAGAUUGCAGAGCUCAGUGAGAAAGUCAUCCAGGAAGCAAAGACUAAGCCAAUUGGGAAGCUCUGGGAGGAAAACUGACAUACAUUCAGAGACUGAUAUAAUUAUUCAGCUAGCAGUUAUGCAUUUUAUCUCACCAACUGCACUGUGCACUCAAGACACUUUUGGGCUUUAAGUUCAACAAAGCAAGCAAACGAGUGUGU